GUUUUGAUUUGUUGACAAAUUUAUUGAAAUUUAUUAAAAUUCAAAAAUUGCAAAAUUAAGGUAAUUAAAGAUGAACAUCCUGCCACAUAAGUCAUGGCAUGUUAGAACUAAGAAGAAUAUAGCCAGAGUACGUGAAGAUGAGAGGAAAGCAGCUGAGCAAGAGAAGGAAAUCAAGAGACGAGCUGCACUAGCUGAACAAGAAGCUAAAAUUAAUGUAUUAAGAGAACGAGCAGGCUUAAAGAAAUCAAAUGAGACGGAGACAUCCAGUGAACAACCAGUAAACACGUCAUUUGAAGCAAAUGAGCAUGUUAAUUUCUUUAAGGAUCUUGAGGAUGGCAAAUAUACAUCAACUUCAGAAAAUAAAGAACGAACGGAAGAAAAGAAACAGGAAAAGGAGAAGUAUGAGAAGCAAAUAGGCUAUUUGACAUAUCUUGGACAAGAUACCAAUGAAGCUUUGAAGAAACGUGACUGGUAUGAUAUGCUUCCAGACCGAACAGACAAGCAUAAUGAAGAUGGAUCAAAAAUAGAGGUCUCGUUACAGUCAAAAAUAAGGCAAGAUCCACUAACGUUAAUCCACAAAUACAUGGGAACAUCCAGUUCUUUUAAAUCUACCGUAAUUGAGCCUGAAAAGAAGCAACCAGAAGUGAAGAAAUAUGAAUCACUGUUAACGGAGUCACUAAAGAACUAUAGAUUAAAGAAAAAGAAGAGGAAAUACAGCACAUCAAGUACAUCCAGUAAAGAUACAUCACCAACCAAAAAACGCAGUAAAAAGUCCAAAAAGAAGAAGUCAAAAAGGAAGCAUAGAAAGUCAUCAUUCGACAGUUCGGAUUCAUCAGACGAGGAACUAAAAAGGCUUAAGCAACAGAAAUUGGAAGCUCUGAGGAUGGAAAGAUUAAAUAGAGAGAGAAUUGAAAGGGAAAAAGCAGAAAAUCUUUUAAGGAAAUUGAGAGGUGAAACGGAACCAAAGCAGCAGCAACCAGAAGUUAAAAGCUAUAAGCAACGAUACAAUUCUCAAUUUAAUCCUGAAAUUGCUCGUCAGAAUCAAGAUUAAUAAAGUUGAAUUUAUUUCAAUUUAACGGUUAAUUCCUUUUUAAACUACCGACUUGAUUUGAAAAUAACGACUUUUCCUGAGAGGAUAUGAUUCUCAUUCUGUAAGUCCGACGUCAAAUGUAGGGAGAUCCGCAAGAAAGUGGCAGAAUUUAAAAUAGUUUAAAAAGUCGCAAAAAAAAUAAUUAAGUUUUUAAAUAAUAUUACAGUGUGAAAUGAAUGAUAAGAAAGACGUGUUAGCACAGGAGCUCAAGUUUGCUAAAUUACUAGCUAGUAAUGACCAGAAAAUAAGGAAUAAUGUUUUGAAAAGCUUGAAAAAAUGGCUCAACACACGUUCCCAAUCAUCCUAUCAAUUCAGUGACAGUGAUUUUCUGCGCUUAUGGAAAGGAUUAUACUAUUGUAUGUGGAUGAGCGAUAAGCCAUUGGUACAGGAAGAAUUAUCAGAGGAACUUGGAUCAUUGUUACAUUGCUUUCCAAAUGUAAAAAUCGCCAUUCAAUUCUUCCAAGCCUUUCUCGAAACUAUGUGCAUAGAAUGGUUCGGUAUUGAUCAAUGGAGAAUCGACAAAUUCAUGAUGUUGGUUCGUCGAGUAUCACGUCAAAUGCUGUUUGCAAUAAAGAACGUCGAGUGGGAAGAUGAAGCAUUAAAGUUAUUUUCAAAUGCAUUAAACAAGACAGUCUUUCAAGUCAACAAAUGCCCAAAAAGUCUCAUUUUCCAUAUUUGUGAUUUGUAUAUUGAAGAAAUUGCAAAAGUUAGUGACGGAGAAUUAGCAGAAGAUCGCACACAUCUUUUAAUUGAACCUUUCCUUGUUUAUUAUACAAAACUAAAUGAUCCAAUUGCACUGAAGCAUGUCGAAAAAACGGUAGUAAAUCAAUUACUAUUUCAAAGCAGCCUUGGACAAGAUUAUCAAGAGAAAUUUGAAAUAUGGAAACAAGCAAAUUUCCCCACAAAAUCUAUUGAUGAUUUAGAGAUAAAGUAUCGAGUUCGUGGUAACAAGAGAAGCAAUGACGAUGAUAUGAGUGAUGGACAAGAGGAAGAUUUAGAAGAACGUCCAUUAGAUCCACGAGCAGGACGUGUUAAUGUCUCUUUAAAUGAACUAGCUUUUGAUGCAUUAAAAUUCGCAGAAACAAUUGAAAAUUUAAGAUAUAAACAGUUUGCAACAAGCAAAAGCCGUAAAGGAUUAGCACGUAUGGCUGACCAUUUCCGACGAUUUGCUAAUGAAGUGUUUCCAAUUGGCGUUAAAAUUAUGCCACAAGAAGAUGAACACGAUGAAGAAUCUGCAAUAGAUUUAGACCUUAAAGCUAUACAAUUAGCCGAGUUUGAAAAGAAAUUAGCAAUUGGCGAUGUUGAUUCAGAAAGUUCUGAUUUUGAUGAAGAUUUAGACAAUAGGAAGCAUGGCAAGUUGAAAAGGAAAAAUAAAAAUGAAAAUUCAACAAACAAAAUUGACGAAAAGAAGCAAAAGUUGUCAAAACUUCACAACGAGAGAUUUUUCAAGACAAAAGAAGAUUUUACUCAAGACACAGUUAAGCCAGAUGAGGAAGAAGAAGAGCCAAAACCAGCAGACAUAAAGAUUAAAAAGAAAAAGACGGCAACAGACAAAAAUGCCGAGCAGGUUCCACGAAAAAUCAAGAAACAGAAACGAAAAAAUCUUCCAGAUACAGCAACAGUCGAGAAACAAGAACAAGAAACUGUCGAGGAAUUGCCAAAAAAAGCAUUAAAGUUGAGCAAGACAUCAUCACCAUCAGCAAAAGGUUCAACACAGCCAUUUAAGGAAACAGACGAGUGGUCUGAGCCAUUAAAGGACGGAGAAGUAGAGAUCUUUGUGCCAUCAAGGAAACAAAAAUUAAAGGCAUUACAGCAAGCAGAGGAAAAGGAACAGAAACAGAAGCAAAAGUCAAGUAAUUUGGUUUUGAAUCCAUUCGCAAAAAAUAGUGGAUUAGGCAAGAAAUCAAAGAACAAAGGUAGUGCUGACGAUACAGCAGCAGCAUCAACAUCACAAAUUUUUGCAACGCCGCCACCGCGUAUAAAGCUUCAAGAAAGCAGCACAUCUAAAAGUAAUGGUAAGCGUGUAAUCAUUGCUUUAAACAAAAAUAUUGCCCAAUCUGAAAAUGACUACAUUAAGCAGGUUAAAGACUCACCCAACUUACCAACAAAUAAUCUAUUAUUGAAACCAAGUAAAAGUCUCCUGAAACCAAAUGCUCUGCCAAGUCCGAUUAAUCCAUUCUAUAAGAAAAAGUCAUUAAAAAUGGACUUCUAAAAGGUCGUCAGAUGGCACACAUUAAGUGACAGCAUAUGUAUCUCAGCGGAUCCUCAAAAUAUAACACACACACACACGAGUUAAAGUAAUUAAGUAGAUAUGCUUAUAAGCCUCCCCCCUUCCUCGCUUAUUCUUACACACAGACACACAAAAAACUUUUUCUUUUGGUAAGUCUUGGAAUUGAAUCCUUUGAAAAUGAGCAAUUUGAAAAUUUUAAAAAAUCUAUUUUUCUAAAAACAUUGGCAAAAUCAAAAAAAAAACAAAAAAUUUCAUAUUUUUGUAAAUUUGUUAAAUUUAUAUUUGAAAUUAGUUAUCCACGAGUUUUCUGAUGCUCAUUUAUUGAUUAUACUUGUUUGAUGAAUAAAGAAUUUAAUGAAUAUCUUUAUAGAAUUUUUCCUGAAAUUUUUCUCUUUUUUUCCUUUGUAUAUAAUUAAGAAAAAUCAACAUAAUAAAAAAGAAUUCAUGAAAACACCUAACAUUGCCUCUUAUGCU